CUGACCGCGGCGGCGCCCGGGCCACGCCGCGCCGCCUCUCCCAGCCCUCGCGCAACUGUCAGGCCGAGCGGGGCCGGCGGAUAUUGGCUCCGCGACGCGCCGAGGCUCCUCCCCGAGUCUGGAUCUUUAUAUUUUGGGAGAAUUUCUUUGAACUCAGUUACCGAGCUCCGGGAAGGAGACAAGUUCCCACAGCCGGCGCGCCCCGCGGAGGCGCGGCGCGGCGGGGCUCACCCGCCUUCCCCGCGGCGGCGGGUGCCUGAUCGCUCCCCACCUCGCAUCCCUCGUGGAGGAAAACGGACUCCCUUGGCUGGGGAGAAAUGCCAGGGAUCUGGAUGUGACCGUGAAAAGAGAACGUGUGACUGGAGGAGGCAGAAGAGGAGGAGGAAAAGCAUUAUUGGAAGAGAAGAAUAAACCAGCCACUCCAACCCGUUCUGCAAAUUAGUGCUAUUACUUCUGGGGUCCAUUGCUUUGAUUCUUUCCUUCCCCCCACCCCAAAUUAAGGAGCCUUGACUUGAGGGCCAAGAGCCAGCCCCCCCGACAACUGGGGGGGGGUACCCUUCUGGGUCGGAAGACCUUUUGGAUGUAGUGUUGGUGGAACAUUUAGACACUCUCUUCUGGAAAGGCCACCAUGAAUUCGGUAGCGGGGAAUAAAGAGAGGCUUGCGGUCUCCACCAGGGGCAAGAAAUACGGGGUGAAUGAAGUGUGCUCGCCCACCAAGCCCGCGGCGCCCUUCUCCCCCGAGAGCUGGUACCGGAAAGCAUACGAGGAGUCGCGCGCCGGGAACCGGCCCACCCCCGAGGGCGCGGGUUCGGCGCUCGGCUCGUCGGGGACCCCGUCCCCCGGCUCGGGCACCUCGUCCCCGAGCUCCUUCACAGGCUCCCCGGGCCCCGCCUCCCCGGGCAUUGGCACCAGCUCGCCGGGCUCCCUGGGCGGCUCGCCGGGCUUCGGCACGGGCUCCCCGGGCUCGGGCAGCGGCGGCGGUUCCUCCCCCGGCUCGGACCGCGGCGUCUGGUGCGAGAACUGCAACGCCCGCCUGGUGGAGCUGAAGAGGCAGGCGUUGAAGCUGCUGCUCCCGGGGCCCUUCCCGGGCAAGGACCCUGCUUUCUCGGCCGUGAUUCACGACAAGCUCCAGGUCCCCAACACCAUCCGGAAGGCAUGGAAUGACAAGGACAACCGCUGUGACAUUUGUGCCACACACCUGAACCAGCUGAAGCAGGAGGCCAUCCAGAUGGUGGUGACCUUGGAACAGGCAGCUGGCAGUGAGCAUUACGAUGGCUCGCCCGGCUCGCCCCCAGCCCUCUCCAACAUGCCCACCCUGGUGGGGUCCCGGCACAUGGGUGGGCUGCAGCAGCCCAGAGAUUGGGCCUUUGUGCCUGCCUCCUACGCCUCCCCCAACUACACGGCUUUCGUCACCAACAAGCACAGCAGCAAACCCAACAGCCUCGGGGUCAGCAACGGGGCCGAGAAGAAGAGUGGGUCCCCAACCCACCAGGCCAAGGUCAGCCUUCAGAUGGCCACCAGUCCCAGCAAUGGGAACAUCCUCAACUCAGUGGCCAUUCAGGCUCACCAGUAUCUGGAUGGCACCUGGUCCCUGUCGAGAACCAACGGGGUCACCCUGUACCCAUACCAGAUCUCCCAGCUGAUGACGGAGACUGGCCGGGAGGGCCUGACCGAGGCAGCGCUGAAUCGCUACAAUGCAGACAAGCCUUCGGCCUGCGGCGUCCCGGCCUCCCAGGGCUCCUGCGUGGCCAGCGAGACCUCCACAGGCACCUCGGUGGCCGCUUCCUUCUUCGCCAGGGCCGCCCAGAAGUUGAAUCUGUCUUCCAAAAAGAAGAAACACCGGCCUUCCACGUCUUCUGUGGCCGAGCCCCCGCUCUUUGCCACCAGCUUCAGUGGCAUCCUGCAGACCUGCCCUCCCCCGGCCCCGCCCUGUCUGCUGCGGGCCGUCAACAAGGUGAAGGACACGCCAGGCCUGGGCAAGGUGAAAGUCAUGCUUCGCAUCUGUUCCACGCUGGCCCGCGACACCUCCGAAUCCAGCUCAUUCUUAAAGGUGGACCCGCGGAAGAAGCAGAUCACCCUGUAUGACCCCCUGACCUGCGGAAGUCAAAACGUCUUCCAGAAGAGAGGCAACCAAGUUCCCCCUAAGAUGUUUGCCUUCGAUGCCGUGUUUCCUCAAGAUGCUUCUCAGGCCGAGGUGUGUGCUGCAACCGUGGCGGAGGUGAUCCAGUCUGUGGUCAACGGGGCGGACGGCUGCGUCUUCUGCUUCGGCCACGCCAAGCUGGGCAAAUCCUACACCAUGAUCGGAAAGGACGACUCCAUGCAGAACCUUGGCAUCAUCCCCUGUGCUAUCUCCUGGCUCUUCAAGCUGAUAAACGAACGCAAGGAAAAGACGGGAGCCCGCUUCUCGGUGCGGAUCUCAGCCGUGGAAGUGUGGGGCAAAGAGGAGAACCUGAAGGACCUGCUGUCCGAGGUGGCCACGGGCAGCCUGCAGGACGGCCAGUCCCCGGGCGUGUACCUGUGCGAGGACCCCAUCUGCGGCACGCAGCUGCAGAACCAGAGUGAGCUGCGGGCACCCACGGCGGAGAAGGCCGCCUUCUUCCUGGAUGCUGCCAUCGCCUCCCGCCGCGGCAGCCAGCAGGACUGUGACGAAGAAGGCCACCGCAACUCGCACAUGCUCUUCACGCUACACAUCUACCAGUACCGCAUGGAGAAGAGCGGGAAAGGAGGAAUGUCUGGAGGCCGCAGCCGCCUGCACCUCAUUGAUCUCGGCAGCUGUGUGAAAGCUCUUAGCAAGAAUCGGGAAGGAGGAUCAGGGCUAUGCCUCUCGCUGUCUGCGCUGGGCAACGUCAUCCUGGCUCUUGUCAACGGCAGCAAACACAUCCCUUACAAAGAGAGCAAACUCACCAUGCUGCUGCGAGAGUCCCUGGGGAACGUGAACUGUCGCACCACCAUGAUCGCGCACAUCUCGGCGGCCGCCGGCAACUACGCAGAGACCCUGUCCACCAUCCAGAUCGCCUCGAGAGUCUUGAGGAUGAAGAAAAAGAAGACGAAGUACACGUCAAGCUCGUCUGGUGGGGAGAGCUCCUGCGAGGAAGGCAGGAUGCGAAGGCCCACCCAGCUGAGACCCUUCCACGCCAGGGCUGCGGGGGACCCGGACUUCCCCAUCCCCCCGCUGUCCAGCGACCCCGACUACUCCUCGAGCAGCGAGCAGUCCUGCGACACGGUCAUCUACAUCGGGCCCAACGGCACAGCCCUCUCCGACAAAGAGCUCACCGACAACGAGGGCCCCCCAGACUUUGUCCCCAUCGUGCCCGCCCUGCAGAAGGCACGGGGCGACGGCCGGCUCCCGGAGGCCGGAGGGGCUGCGGCCGGCAAGUCGGAAAGGGACUGUCUGAAGUGCAACACGUUUGCCGAGCUGCAGGAGAGGCUGGACUGUAUUGACGGCAGCGAGGAGCCCAGUCAGUUUCCUUUCGAAGAGCUGCCGGUCCAGUUUGGGGCCCAGCAAGCAGGCAAGGGUCCCCCGUUAAGCCAGGCGGCUGGGGCCAACCCACUCUGUGAGUCUGAGAAGGAAGAGGCCGGGUCCGACGGGCAGCUGACUGACAGAGAAGGCACCGACCCUCCCGCCUCCAAGAUGCAGAGGAAUCACUCGCCCGGCCCCACCCCGGCUCUGCCCGGCAGCCCCAGCCCUGCCUCGCCCAGGAGCAUCCCGGGCAGCGGCGGCAGCCAGCACGCUGCUUCCCAGCUCACGCAGAGCCCCAGCCUCCAGAGCAGCCGAGAAAGCCUGAACUCCUGUGGCUUCGUGGAAGGCAAGCCCAGGCCGAUGGGGUCCCCGCGGCUGGGCAUCGCCAGCCUAUCCAAGACCUCCGAGUACAAGCCGGCCAGCUCUCCCUCCCAGAGGUGCAAAGUCUACACCCAGAAGGGUGUCCUGCCCUCUCCUGCCCCCCUGCCUCCCUUGAGCAAGGACGCCUGCACGGCAUCCAGCGAGUCCCUGCUGCAGCCUGAGGUGCGAACCCCCCCAGUUGGAAUGAGCCCCCAGGUUCUGAAGAAGUCCAUGUCCGCUGGGAGCCAAGGGUUCCCCGAAAGCCCGGUCGAUGACGAGCACCAGGGGGCCACCUCUCCAGACCCCAAGAAGGAGGUCCUGAGCACCACGACGGUGACGGUGCAGCAGCCCCUGGAGCUGAACGGCGAGGACGAGCUGGUGUUCACGCUGGUGGAGGAGCUGACCAUCAGCGGCGUCCUAGACGGCGGCCGCCCCACCAGCAUCAUCAGCUUCAACAGCGACUGCUCCGUGCAGGCCCUGGCCUCGGGCUCCCGGCCCGUCAGCAUCAUCGGCAGCAUCAGCGAGGAUCUCGAGUGCUACUCCAGCGUGGCCCCCGUGUCCGAGGUCAGCAUCACGCAGUUCCUGCCCCUCCCGAAGCUGACCCUGGACGAGAAGGCCCGCGAGGCCGGGAGCCAACGUUCCUCCAUCAGCUCCUGGCUGAGCGAGGUGAGCGCCGGCAGCGAUGGCGAGCAGUCCUGCCACAGUUUCAUCGCCCAGACGUGCUUCGGGCACGGGGAGGCCAUGGCCGAUCCUCCGGCCUCGGAGCUGGGCGGUGGCAUCCAGAGCAGCCCCGUGGUGUGCCGGGAGAAGCCCGAGGCGGGCCCCGACGGUUUGCUCAUCCUGUCUGACGUGGGGGAGGACUCUUUCGACAAGGCGACCCCCAUCCAGGGCUGCAAGAUAUCCACGCUGGGCAAGGCCAUGGUCACCAUCUCCAACACAGCAGACCUGAGCAGCUGCGAAGGGUACAUCCCCAUGAAGACCAACAUCACAGUCUACCCCUGCAUUGCCGUGAGCCCCCGGCCCGUCCAAGGGCCCGAGGCGUCCGUCGCCCCCGCGGUGAGCUCAGCGCCCAGAGCAGCCCAGCCCCAGGACAGCCGGGAAGCCGGUGCGAAGACAGAGAUGAGAUUUGAGGACCCUUGGCUAAAACGGGAAGAGGAGGUAAAGAAAGAGAGCGCCUAUCCCGGUGAAGAAGGGGCCGGGCGUGAGGCCGCCACAGGCCCCCCCGCAAAGCCUGAGGCCAGAGCAGAGCAGGACAGGAAGGCCAGCCCUGGGGACAGGCUGAGCAGCAGCAGCGGUGAGGUGUCCGCUUCCCCCGGGAGCGACAACCUCAGGAGGGUUGCGGAUGGCUGUGAGAUGGCCCUGCCCGGUGUGGCCGCCCAGAGCCCCGUGCACCCCAACAGAGGCCUGAAGGCCAGCAGCCUUCCCAGGGCUUUCCAGAAGGCCAGCCGGCAGGAGGAGCCGGGCAGUCCGUUCUACCACUGUGCCGCGGAGACCAACGGGCUGGGCAGCGCCCAAGGCACCUCGCCCUGCAAGGCGGCCCUGGAGAGGAAGGCGGCGUCGCCCAAGCACUGUAUGCUGGCCCGGCCCAAAGGGACGCCCCCUCUGCCGCCGGUCCGCAAGUCCAGCCUGGACCAGAAGAACCGGGCCAGCCCCCAGCACAGCGCUUGCAGCAGCGGCACCAGCAGCCCGUCGCACCCCCCGGCGCCCCUCCUGGCCCCGUUCCCGGAUGAGGCCGGCGGCCAGGCCAAGGAGGCCAGCAGCAGCAGCCGGCUGUUCAGCGCCAAGCUGGAGCAGCUGGCCAGCAGGACCAACUCCCUCGGCAGGGCCACCGUCAGCCACUACGAGUGCCUGUCGCUGGAGAGGGCCGAGAGCCUGUGCGCGGGGAGCUGGCGGGCGCACGCGGGCAAGGACAGCACGAUGCCCCGCGCGGGGAGGAGCCCGGGCCGCGGGGGCGCCGGGGCCUCGCCCACCGCCCUGGGCCCCGCGCCGCCCGCCGCCGCCGCCGCCGGCGCCCCCGGCGUCGUCGCGUCGCCCAAGGCCGGCACGUGCAAGAUCUCGGCGGUGAGCAAGCUCCUGCUGGCCAGCCCCAAGGCGCGCAGCCUGGCCACCGCCACCACCAAGACGCUCAGCUUCUCCACCAAGUCCCUGCCGCAGGCGGUGGGCCAGAGCCCGGGGCUGGCGGCCAGCGCCAAGCCCACGUCCUGGUCCACGCAGUCCCUCAGCCGCAGCCGGGGCGCCGGGCCCGCCAGCAAGCCGCCGCCGCGCGCCGUCAACGGGCGCAUCUCCGAGCUGCUGCAGGGCGGCGCGGGCGGGCGCGCGGGGGGCGACGAGCGGCCGGCCGCGCCCCCGCUGCCCUCGCCCUACAGCAAGGUGACGCCGCCGCGCCGGCCGCACCGCUGCAGCAGCGGCCACGGCAGCGACAACAGCAGCGUGCUGAGCGGCGAGCUGCCGCCCGCCAUGGGCAAGACGGCCCUGUUCUACCACAGCGGCGGCAGCAGCGGCUACGAGAGCGUGCCGCGCGACAGCGAGGCCACCGGCAGCGCGUCCUCCGCGCACGACUCCAUGAGCGACAACAGCAGCUCCGUGGGCGGCCGCUGCCGCAGCCUCAAGGCCCCGAAGAAGCGCUCCAACUCAGGUUCUCAGAGACGGAGGCUCAUCCCUGCGCUGUCCCUGGACACCCCUUCCCCCGUAAGAAAACCCGCCAGCAGCACCGGGGUCCGCUGGGUGGACGGCCCCUUGCGCAGCACCCAGAGGGGCCUCGGGGAACCUUUUGAGAUUAAAGUCUACGAAAUCGAUGACGUGGAACGACUACAGCGGCGACGAGGGGGCAACGGCAAGGAGGUCACGUGCUUCAACGCAAAGCUGAAAAUUCUGGAGCAUCGCCAGCAGAGAAUCGCCGAGGUCCGAGCCAAGUAUGAAUGGCUGAUGAAGGAGCUGGAGGUCACCAAGCAGCACCUGAUGCUGGAUCCCAACAAGUGGCUCCGCGAAUUUGACUUGGAGCAGGUCUGGGAGCUGGAUUCCCUGGAGUACCUCGAGGCGCUGGAGUGCGUGACGGAGCGCCUGGAGAGCCGUGUCAACUUCUGCAAGGCCCACCUCAUGAUGGUCACCUGCUUCGACAUCACUUCCCGGCGCCGGUGAGGCGCCGGCCUGGCCUGCCAGCCCCUGGCCCCCCCGGGACCCCACAGCCAGCCCCUCGCCUGGCCCUUGGUGCCGGCGGCUGGGACACAGCAGAAGGAGGAUGAAGGUUGGUGCAAGUCUGGAGUGAGCGCUGAGCGGGAGGCAGUUUUCUGGUGUUUUCUGUAGGAAAGGUGCGAACACCGCGCGUGUGGGAGGAGGAAACAAUGGAAAGCCCAAGGACGUGGAAGCCCCGUGAGACUGAAAAAAGCACUUUGAGGAACUUUCAAGAACUUGUUUAUACAGGGGUCCUGCUGGCAAGAGACCUCUCUCUCCUCUGGCUUUGUGGGAAGGGGCGAGGGUGCGCACAGGAUCGCCGUCGGGAGCGAGACCGGAACAGCGGGUUCCCCAGAGCGACUGAUUAAGUGCCUUGCAAAUCUUUAUUAUCCAAACCUUUCUGUUCAUACUUUCUCGUGUCCAGACGGUGCUGGUCCAGACGGAAACAACCACAAAACAAAACAAGCCCCAUGCGUUUUUUGAAAUGUAUUUGCCGCUCGUUUUCUCUUGGUGUUUGAUCCGAUUUCUGACUUGCUGUUUCUACGUAAGUAGUGUUUGUAGAUCUGUUCCCUAAUCGGUAUUGCUUAUGAAUAAAUGUUAACUGUCCUUUA